AUGGAUACGAAGGUGAAAAGCUUAAAGCUACUGCGAUCCUAUAAUGUUAUAGGAGAGGCCUUCAAAAUCAUUCACUCUCAAGCCAAAUUAUUUGGGAUCAUCGCUCUAGCGUUGAUUCCCAUUUCCGUUUUUAUAACACUGUUGACGCAACUUGUGUUGUUAUUGCCCUCCAUAGCAGCAGCUGUGUACACUGUGGCUGCUCUUUACAAGGGGAAGCAGGAAAACUCUUUCGCAGCGGUUAUAAUGCCCUUUCCCACAGUGUGGAAACACAUGCUGAUACCUUGGCUGUGGUAUUUUAUCAUCAACUUCGCGAUUACAGUGACUUUUGCUUUUAUUGUGUGGUUGGCCUUAAUUACACCGUAUUGGAUAGCGUUUUACGUUGCCGUAGCAAUUGUUCCUAUGGUGUUGGAGGGCGUGAGAAUAUAUGUGGAAAUGGUGUGGCAGGUGACGACUGUGGUUAGUGUUAUGGAGGAGGGAUGUUAUGGUUUGGAGAGCAUAAAGAAGAGCCACCGUCUCAUUCAUGGAAAGCGCAUCACAGCUUGGGCGCUCACCGGAGUUUACAUUGAAAAUGCUCGAUUUUUUAAUUUUGUAGCAUUUGUAGGGAAUUCUUAUUUUUUGGGAUUAGGGGCCAAGAUGUUGUGUGGAACAGCAUACGUGGUGUUGGCUUAUGUCAUUAUUUUGAUGUGGGCGGUAACGCAGAGCGUGUUCUACUUUGUGUGCAAAUCUCACCACAGGAAGAGCGUAGAUGAUGGGCUCUCUUUGGAGGACUACCCUAAAAAGACCAACAAUAACAAUGGAUCGCUGAAAUUGGAGCCUUAG